GUAGCAGGUCGCACAGUACAUAAAUGAACACGUCAUACGCGAGGGAAAAUGGCGAUCGAAGUCUCUAGAAUGUCCCAGCCACAGCGAUUUCUUGCCUUGUUUUUGACUCUCGUUUUGGUUGUCUGCACAACAUGGGCCUCCGACAGUAAACCCAAAAAUGAGACCAAAUUGCUUGUUGUUACCGUGGCAACGAAUGAAACAGAUGGCUUCAGAAGAUACAUGAGGUCAGCCAAAAAAUAUGGGUACGAUGUGAAGGUUGUGGGCAUGCAUCAACCCUGGAAGGGUGGAGACAUUCUGAACCACCCGGGGGGCGGACAUAAAAUCAAUCUCCUCAAAGAAGCCUUGAAAGAGUACAAGGAUAUGAAGAACCUUAUUAUCUUGUAUACAGACAGCUAUGAUGUCAUUUUUACAGCCAGACAAGAAGACCUACUUCAUCAUUUCCUAGGGCUCAACAAGAAUUUGGUCUUUUCAGCGGAGCCUUUUCUAUGGCCGGACAAAUCUCUUGCUUCCAAGUACCCCGUAAUGGAGAAAGGUUACCCCUUCCUGUGUUCAGGGAUGUACAUGGGGUAUGCACCGUACAUUUGGAAGGCUCUGACGUGGAGUGCUGUAACAGAUGACGGGGAUGAUCAGCUUUUCUUCACACAUCUCUACUUGAAUCAAGUCAAGAGAAAAAAUUGGCGGAUCGCACUGGACAGUCAAGCGGUUCUUUUUCAGAAUAUGAACGGAGCUCAAGGUGACGUUCUGAUACGUUUCCGAAACAACAACAGCGUCAUUUUCAACCGUGAGUUUGAGACUUUCCCAAUGGUCCUGCACGGGAAUGGCAAAUCAAAGACCAUCCUUAAUAACUUUGGCAACUAUUUGGCGUAUCACUGGAUGCCAGAAGAGGGCUGCGUCGCCUGUACAGAAGACACCUUCAGUCUUGCCAAUGUUACGGAGGAGGACUUCCCACCCGUUCUGAUGGCUCUGUUUAUUGAGGUCCCGACGCCGUUCCUGGACGACUUCUUUGCCCAGAUAGAAGCUCUGGACUAUCCCAAGAAGAAGAUCGACCUGUUCCUUCACAACCAGCCUAAGCAUCGGCUGGACAGAGUGGCCAAAUUUGUCCAGAAGGCUAAGGAGCGGUACAGGUCGGUCAAGCUGUACUCUCCUGUCAAAAACCUGACAGAACCGGAGGCCAGAAACAAAGGAUUUCAACACUGCAACGACCUGAAAUGCGACUAUUACUUCAGCUGGGAUUCCGACGUGCGACUGACCAACCCCAAAACCCUACAGAUUCUGAUCGAGCAAAACAGAUCAAUCAUCGCCCCCAUCGUCCGCAAGGACGGCAAACUCUGGAGCAAUUUCUGGGGCGAUAUCAACAACGAGGGUUUCUACGCCCGGUCUGAGGACUACGUGGACAUCAUCAAAGAUUACAAAAUUGGGUUGUGGAAUGUAGCCUUCAUCUCCAGCGUGUACCUGAUUCACGGCAGCAAGAUCCACGCUCCACACACCCCAACCUUCGAGAUCAAGGAUACUGAUCCAGAUAUGGCUCUCUGCCAACAGCUACGAGAUAGGGGGGAUUUCAUGUACGUCACCAACAUGCACUACUUCGGUUAUCUAGUGACCACCGAAUACUGCGAAACAGAGCACCUUCACAACGACCUGUGGGAAAUCGGAAGCAAUCGCAGGGUUUGGGAGGAUCAUUUCAUUCACCCUGACUACUACCAAGUACUGGAGCCAGGGGUCGAGGUCAAGCAGGUCUGUCCGGAUGUUUACACCUUCCCGAUUUUCACCAAGGAGUUCAUCACCAAGCUGAUUGAGGAAAUGGAGUACUUUGGUAAAUGGUCCAGCGGCAAAAACGAAGAUUCGAGAUUAGCAGGUGGAUACGAGAACGUUCCGACGCGCGACAUCCACAUGCGGCAGAUCGACUACGAACGCCACUUCCUGUACUUCCUGCGAGAGUUCAUCAAACCAGCCGCUGAAAAACUCUACCAAGGCUACGAUUCACGAGCACAUGCUAUCAUGAACUUCGUUGUGCGUUACCGACCUGACGAGCAACCAGCCUUGAGACCCCACCAUGAUUCCUCCACCUAUACUAUCAACGUCGCCCUCAACACCAGAGGAGUUGAUUACGAGGGAGGCGGAGCCCGAUUCAUCCGCUACAACUGCAGUGUGGUAGGCUUGGAGGCGGGCCAUCUACUGAUGCACCCGGGCCGGCUGACCCACCUCCACGAGGGACUGCGGACCACCAAGGGGACGCGCUACAUCCUUGUCUCCUUCAUCGACCCGUGAAGAGAGGGUCGGCCGAUGGUACGCCCCUUGACCCCUCUGAAAUGCUUUGGACUUCCAUUGGUGCUAUUUAACGAUAUCGGAGGUAUUUGAAUAGUUGUAGCCAUUUGUUUUUUUCAUUUGCAUUGAUCCUCGCUUUGCACUUCAAGAUUUUUCCCUCUUUUAUCUAAAUUUUGUUUAUGUUGAGUGCCAGUCUUGUUUUAAUGAAUUAAGUUUGAAUCAUAGUGGUUUAUACUUCAUUGCUGAAUCAUUUGUAGAUAAAUGUACACCUGUUGUUGAUUUUUUAUA